UGAAGAGCGUCAUUUGCAACGGUAAGAGCGGCCGAUUAUCAGUCUCUCUUUCAGAAAUACCCUUUUCAAGAAACUCUCUCUCAUCGAUCGAUCGUCAAAAAAAAAAAAAAGGAAAAAGAGCUGAAAAGGUUUGAGGUCAAGAAACCCUAAUUCUCUUCCUUUCUGUCCCUGGAUCCAGGUUGUUGCUCUUCAAGGAUAAAAAACCCUAGUUUUUGGGAGCUACUAGGUUAGAUUACUACAAACCCUAGAGUUUGUGUCAUCCGAUCUUAUUAGCAGGUUAGUUUAUCAUAUGAAUUUGAGAACAGUUGGAGGUAAUUAAUCGGAUUAUAUGGAGUAAGAUGCGAGAUUCAAGUGCUGAUUAGAGAAAAAAGAAAUGAUGCAUUGAAACUCUGUGUUUCUCCGUUUAUUCGAGUGCGAGGGGCAAUUUUGGUAGGGACCGUUCGGAUUGGUUUUGAUUGUAGAUUUAGUGGAUCAGAGGAUGGAAUGGCUUAAAAACAGCUGCUAAUUUAGCUCUUGAUUUCUGCUAGAUGUGGAUUUUAAUAUGAUUGGAUACUACUGGAUGAUGCUAAGCGAUAAUUAGCCUAUUAGUUGCACCAAAUGAUUUGAUUUUCCAUUGUAAAUUAAUGGGUUUUUUUUUUUUUGUUUGAAGGGAUAGCAUUGAGUAGAUAGAUAUAAUAGCUAUUGAGGCAAGUGGAUAUUGGAGUUUCCGGUGGUUAACUUAGGCCUGUAUUGUUGGUGACGAUUGGUGUAAUUGGAGUUGAAGAAAUAUAUCCGUCGGACUCUGCCUUUCACUCUUGUUUUCUGUAAAAUUUUACAGAAUGAGCUUAGAAAAUGAAGACAAUCACACUCUGGAUCAGCCUGCCGAGACAAACAGUGAAUCGCAAAAGAAAGUGAAAAUUACGUAUUCAAGAGAUUUUCUACUAUCUUUUUGUGAACUGGACGUUUGCAAAAAGUUACCCAGUGGAUUUGACCAAUCUCUUUUGAGUGAAUUUCAGGAUGCUCCUGGAGAUAAACAAAAACCUCCUGGCGGGUUGUCACUGCAUAGUUUCAGGAGAAAUGAGUAUGGUUCAUCCCCACCUACAAGAGGGGAGUCUGGUAAUUUUUCUCGGGGAAUCCAUGGAAGGUGGGAUAGUCGCUCUUCAGGACGGAGUGAUAGGGAUGGUGACUCGCAAUCUGAUUGGGAUUCAGAAUCUGGAAGGCGUUUUGGCAACCAAUCUCGGCGUUCUUGGCAAGUUCCUGAGCAUGAUGGACUUCUUGGAAGUGGUUCAUUUGUAAGGCCGUCUGGAUACACUGCGGGAGCAUCUGCUCCAAAGUUUCGAGCUAAUGAUCACUACCAGCUAAAUAGGAGUAAUGAGCCAUAUCAUCCACCACGCCCUUACAAGGCAGUACCUCACUCUCGGAGGGAAGCUAAUGAUUCAUACAAUGACGAAACAUUCGGUUCUUCUGAAUGUACAAGUGAGGAUAGAGCAGAAGAGGAAAGAAAGAGAAGAGCUUCUUUUGAGAUGAUGAGGAAGGAACAGCAGAAAGCCUUUCAAGAAAAGCAAAAAGUUAAUCCAGAGAAGCGUAAGGAUGAAUUUGAUAUUAUGACAUUGCUGGAGGAUUCCAAAGAUGAUGAGGGAAUUUCAAAUAAAAGCAAUCAAUUUGAUAAACCUGUGAUGCUCAAUGCUCUAAAUGCUGAUUCUGAAAAACCUGUUCUCCCGUCACAAACUCCUGCAUCCAGACCACUUGUGCCUCCGGGUUUUUCAAAUGCGACUUUGGAAAGGAAUAUUGGAACCAAAACUGUAACCCAUCCCCCUUCAUUAGAGGUUGGAAGUUCUGAACAUGAGGGUGGUAGCUUGCAUGCCAAAGGCAACCUUCUGUCAAAUGGGACAUUUGAUAAUGAGGACAAGCAAUCUGCAGAACAAUUUAGUUCAACUCAUCCACAUGAAAGUAUGAGUAUUCAUGUUUCAGCAAAUAGCAAGAGUGAUAAAGUUCAAAAUUUAACUUCAGGUCUAGAUGUGUCCAGUAAGACAACAGGCCCAGAUGGUCAAAUAUACAAGAGUUCUAAUCUUCUGAAAACCUUUGAAGCAUCGGAGGAAAGUGAAGGUGUAGAGGUUGAUGUUGAGAAGGUCACAGACAGUAAAAUUGUCUCUGAAUCAAGUCAGGAUCAGUCAUCUUCAAUUCUUGAUAAGCUUUUUGGCAAUGUUUUGACAGUUAAUGGUGGUGCCUCCAAUAAUCUUGUUGAGCAUCAUGAUAGUAAAGCAGAUGACAUGUGGAGUCCUCAUGCUGUCCAAUCUUCCAAGUUUGCUCAUUGGUUUCUUGAUGAAGAAAAGAAGCCAGCUGAUGAACUUUCCUCUGGUAAGCCAAAUGAUUUACUCUCACUAAUUGUUGGUAGUGAAAAAGGUGGAUUGCAACCUUCUGAUGUGAAGGCUACAAGGCACAUCUCAUCCAAUUUUCCGGCCCAAAGCCCAGAGCUCGCGGACAGACAUCUGGCGUCAAAUUUAACCCCUGUCACAAUUGAAUACUCUGAGCAAUCACGUGAUUGUAAUAUCAAUAACAUCAAUAAAACAGCACCUGUCCUGACAUGUGAAGACCUUGAACAGUCCAUUCUAUCAGAAAUUAGUACAAGUGAUGCAACCUUGCCGUCUUCUGUGCAAGGCGGGAGUAUUGGUGAGUCAAAGACUGAACAGAAAAAAGCAAAUGUUGAUGAUCAUGCAUCUCAGCACCUCCUUUCAUUGUUACAAAAGGGAACUGGCCUGAAAGAUGUGGCACCAUUCCCUGGUCUAGAUAUCAAGUCUCUAGAUAAACAAUUUCAUGUGGAAGUAGCAAAUAUUGACAAUGCACUUCAUGAUUUGAGGGACGCAAAUGCUGAAAAUGUUUCGGAUUCAGGGAAGAGUCUGACACUUGAAACUCUUUUUGGUACAGCUUUUAUGAAGGAAUUACAAUCAGUAGGAGCGUCUUCAUCUGCUCAAAGAGGCUCAGUUGUGUCUUCCAGAGUUGAUAUUUCGGAAAUUCAUGAUGGUCUCCUUUCAUCUAAAGUUGACAUUGGUUCCAGCAGGACUAGUUACGAAAGUAGUAUUCUGGCAUCAAAUCAGAGAGAGCAAAUAAAAUCAGAUAGGAGCAAAGAACAUUUGUUAGGGUUUGAUGAUCAUCGAACUGAAGUAGAUUCACCACGACUUCGAAAUGAAUUAGAAUCUAAACUUCGUGGCUUUGAUGGGCCUGUUGAUAUUCGACUCCCUGAAGAGGAUAGCUUGAUCCCUCUUGGUGAUCGUACAAAACACCUUAAGAACUCAUCCAAAGCUGAAUUUUUACCCUCCCCAGCUGCACCAGUUGACAUUACUGAAAAACUAGCAGCUUUAAAUUCUGUCUUUGGGGACGAAAGACCCAUUACAGGUCAAGAAGGUUCACCUUUUCUACGUGGUUCUUAUGAUCCAAGGGAGCCUGAUAUUUUGCUUCAUAAUAUGCAAAUCCAACCAUCAUCUCCACAGCUUCACCCACCGUUAAAUCACUUGGGACCAUUAUUCAAUCCACUAGAGUCUCAUCCUGCUAACAUAAAUUCUCAGAUGAAGUUCAUGGGCCCAGAAGGCAUCAUCCAUCAUGAUCCUCCACCUACUCAUCAAUUUCCUGCAAAUAUGCUUCGUCCUCCUUUCCAUCACUCCCGCCCUGGACUCCCUGGAUUUGAUCCUUCUGCCCACAAUCAUCAUCCUAUGCUACCACAGAUGCGCAUGCCAGGAAGUUUUCCUCCAGCUCAUCUACUACAAGGAUUUGCCAGUAGUCCUCAUUCGAACAAUCAAAUGCCGGGUUUUGUACCAGAUAUGAACCCAAUGCAAGGUUUCCCUUUUGGUCCUCGCCAGCCCAAUUUUGCUGGUCAUGGAAUGCCACCAACAGCUGCUGAUGAUGGGGGUGGAGCCAAUAAUCCAGAGACACUACAAAGGCUCUUCGAGAUGGAGCUGAGAUCAAAUGCUAAGCAGAUUCACCCAUUAGCUACAGCUGGCAAUAAUCAGGGGAUGUAUAACUAUGAGCUAGACAUGGGUUUCAGGUAUAGGUAGUGGAUUUGGGUUAUGUUUUUGUAUAUUGUGCUAUUGUCAUCCACACUUGCUCAGAUCUGCAACUAUUUGCAAUGAGUAUGGGUUUAACAUGCUUUUUCCAGAGCUAUUGCCUGAGUUGGUGUAAUUAAUGGAUUUUACGUAAUUUUAUUAGCCUUUGUUUGGGUUUUCUAUAUGCUCUUAAUUCAUCCCAGAUUUUCAGAUGAUUUUAACUUUUCUAUGGACAAAACCAACUUGGCGGUGUAAUCCUGUAAAGCAAAAAAUUGGGGAGGCUCUUGGAAGUAAAAUAGAUCUCUUUUUCUUUUCUUCA